CCGCGGAACAACAUGGCUGCGCCCGCGCUGGGGCUGGCUCAUGGACGCCGCGCCAGGCUGGGUCACGUCUUCUUGCUGCCGCUGUUCUUGCUGUUGUGCCGGGCGGCGGGCAGCGAGGAGGCCGAGACCCGCGCCAGAGCAAGCACGGGGUCGCUUGCAGGAUCAUGCGGCUGCGGCACACCUCAGCGGCCCGGCUCCCAUGGCAGUUCGGCGGCCGCGCACCGGUACUCGCGGGAGGCGAAUGCCCCGGGGCGGGCCCAAGCAGAGCGGCCGCUCGCGACCCCCAAGAUGGUCCCCAUCCCUGCGGGUGUGUUCACAAUGGGCACAGAUGAUCCUCAGAUAAAGCAGGAUGGGGAAGCACCUGCUAGGAGAGUUGCCAUUAAUGCCUUUUACAUGGAUGCCUAUGAAGUCAGCAAUGCUGAAUUUGAGAAGUUUGUGAACUCAACUGGCUAUUUGACAGAGGCUGAGAAGUUUGGUGACUCCUUUGUCUUUGAAGGCAUGUUGAGUGAGCAAGUGAAGACUGAUAUCCAGCAGGCAGUUGCAGCUGCUCCAUGGUGGUUACCUGUUAAAGGCGCUAACUGGAAACACCCGGAAGGGCCCGACUCUACUGUUGUACACAGGCCAGAUCAUCCUGUUCUCCAUGUCUCCUGGAACGAUGCAGUUGCCUACUGCAUGUGGGCAGGAAAGCGGUUGCCUACAGAAGCCGAAUGGGAAUAUAGCUGUCGAGGAGGCCUAGAAAAUAGGCUUUUCCCCUGGGGCAAUAAACUGAAGCCGAAAGGUCAACAUUAUGCCAACAUUUGGCAGGGCGACUUUCCUGUGAGCAACACUGGGGAGGAUGGCUUCAAAGGAACUGCACCCGUUGAUGCCUUUCCUCCCAAUGGUUAUGGCUUAUACAAUAUAGUUGGGAACGCAUGGGAGUGGACCUCAGACUGGUGGAACGUUCAUCACUCUGUCGAGGAAACACUUAAUCCAAAAGGUCCCCCUUCUGGGAAAGACCGGGUAAAGAAAGGAGGAUCCUAUAUGUGUCACAAGUCCUACUGCUAUAGGUAUCGCUGUGCUGCUCGCAGCCAGAACACACCCGACAGCUCCUCUUCGAAUCUGGGAUUCCGCUGUGCAGCAGACCACUUGCCCACCACAAGCUAAAAGCCAAGAGGAGUCUUCCCAAAUCCAAGAAGAAGCGGUGUCUAACGUGCGCUUGCUUCUUUCGCAACUUUGAAUGACCUGUCUCUCUCGUGCAAAGGAAUCCCCACCCAGAGGUGGGGUACAUACCUGCCCAUUGGCCAAAGGAAACGUCUUGCAAGACCAAAUCUCUGACCUGCGUCAGUGCACGUGCUUUACUGUGUGGUGCAUCUUUAGAGAUCAUCGCCAUGUUUUAUUUUUGAGAAUCUUUUAAAGAGGUAUGGUUGUAGAGGGAACCCUGAAGUAGGCUCCAAGAAGGAGCCUGUGUUUGACCUGGUUCUGCCACAGGGGUUAGAUCUCAGGUCUAACACUUGACCUCCCGGGCCUCAGUGUCCUCAUCUACCAAACGAGGUGUUAGACAACAUGAGCUUCUCUCCAACUCAAAAAUUCUAUGAGGGAUUACAGAUUCUGUUGUGAUUUCAUAGUGAGAAUUUAUGACAGAUUAUUUUUUAGCUAUUUUUUUCCAUGUGUGAAUUUGGGAUGGUAUUAAUCAUGUAAAAUAAGAAGUUCUUUUAUGUAUUAUUUUCAAAAAAGAGGAGUGAUGAUGAGUCUUUUAUAUUCAUACUGCACUUUGUUUUUCCAAGGAAAUCAGUGUCUUUUACCUUGUUGUGAGGAAUCCCACGUGGAGCCAGUGAUGGUAUGCUAACGUUUAGCAAUCUGAACACAUAGGAAUGUCUGUUUAGGGUUUAGGGUAACUCUAUUGUGCUUUAUCUUUUAACAUUAAGUGCCUUUGGUUCAGAGGGGCAGUUAUAAGCCCUCCCCUCUCCCCAAUGCCUUUGGAGAAUGUGAAAUGUGUGCUAAAUGGAGGGAACCUGUUUAAUUCUAGAUGUAGAAGAGGACAAGGACCUUGAAUUAACUGUCUUCAGGGUAUACAGUAUUUUGUAAUAGAGAAGUAGGAAGUCUUCUUGGAUGUGGAAUAUCAGAUGCUUUGAAACAUGCACUAUGUUGAAUAAACUGGUAUCUGCUCAAUGAA